GUACUCCACCUCUGCACACAACAGCAGCAGCAGCAGCAGCAGAGGCGGCGCUGUGUACCCGGCUGGAGCCCGCAGAAACCCGCCUCAGCAGUGCACACUCUCCUGGCUCAUUAACCUGUCGCUUGUGUGAGCAGCUACGUGACGGAUACAUCUUUGCCUGUAACUGGAAAUUAGAACAUCGGCCACUACAAUUGAUCCAUUAUCUAUUUAUUUAGUCUGGCUUCUGGUUGGGGACCGUUUGUGUUGCCAGGGAAGAGAAAGUCCGAGCAGCCAUGAGAGUUCAUCCCAUAUCUGCCAGAUCCUUCCUCAACCACUUCUGACCAAACCAGAUUUAGCAAACUAAAGAUGUCAGCGUGUGGCGACUUUGCAGAACACGUGUGGAAACCCGGCUCUUGUAAGAAUUGCUUCCACCCACUUAGUGCGCACAAGACUGGCAGCGGCCUGGGUGGCAGCGUGCCAGUCGCUUGUUUGAAGAGCAAUCCGGGAGGUGAUGAAGAUGCUGGAGUAACAACACCUUCACCCUACAGCAAGCCAACCAUCGCUGUCAAACCCACUAUGAUGAGUCUUGACACCAAUGAGUCGACUGAUGUCAACAUGAACAUAGAGCAGGAAAACACAAAGAGCCCAGUUGAAUGUUUGGGCCUGAAGAAGCUCUCCUUGUAUAUUGAUAAUAAUGGCUGCAAUGGCUGCAACAAGGCCCAUAGAGAUGCUCUCCCUCAGAGUCCUGAAACCAAGAUGGACUACAACAAAUCCUUUUCGUUAAGUCCCUUGUCCCCCAAUAUCCUGCCCAAAGACUCCAUGAUCAUUGGCAAUAUCUUUGUAACCCAGGAGGAGGGUAGAGGUUUUAAGAAAAAUGCCAAUGGAGAUAACCAAAGACACCAGAGUAGCAUGACUGCUAUCAGAAACAAGAGCACUUACAAUGGAAUUAGUAUGACCACCAAGACAAACUAUCAGGAAGCCCAUCAGGUAUCUGCGGAGAUACCUUUGGUGAACGCUGUUCCUUCUGGCCCUGCCACACGUCAUUGUAAUGGUAUGAGCAGUGGGAGUACUGCUACUCUUAUCAAUAAGACCUCCAGCCCUUGUACCACUUUCCCCAAAACAACUUUGAGUGUGGAGACCAGUAGACACAGCCCCCCUCCAGCCCUACAGUCUGCUCCCAUCCUGUCAAAACAGACCAGCCUAUCAGACUCCUCUUGUUCUUAUCGUAGUAGUACAGAUUCACUUCCUGGGGCAGAGGGGUCAGGAGGAAAACAUAUCAGGUCAGAGAGCCCACAAAGCCCCCCAGCCACAGGUAGCCCACAGUCAUCUCCCAGUUCACCCAAUGGACGGCCAGACUCAGAACCCAUUUACGCAGAGAGCACCAAGAAAAAGCGCAGGCCGCAAGGAAAUAAAGUGCAACUCCAUCCCGAGUCCCCAAACCAGAAUAACAACUCGUCCUGCUCUGAGCCUGAGCUCUCAGCAGAGAGUCAACGGGCCACUAUCACUGUAAUGGCUGCUCAUACAGAAAAAAACAACAGGACUUUCUACCUGAGCAGCCCAGACUCGGCUGUCAGCACCCAGUGCCAUUUUAGCCCUCCAGCACGUAAGGACACCAGUAGCCCAGCCUUCUGCUGGCCUAGUCCCAGCCACAGUUCACCCUCUCUAAACACAGAUGCCAGCCCAACCUCAUCCCUCCACCCCAAGCCUCAGUCUAGUCCACCAAUUCCACCAAAGAGGAACAUCCGCUCCCCCAAACUGGGCACCUCCAGCCUCACACCAUCCAUGUCUUCUCCAGUCCCUCUUCCUGAACUCCCCAAACUGGGCACCUCCAGCCUCUCAUCAUCUUUCUCAUCUCCUGUCCCUCUGCCGGAGCUCCCCAUGCUUUUCCUUGUUUCUGCUCAAGAGGGCCACUUCAAGGUUCAUACAGAACACCAGAGUGCGGCAUCUGAACGCUGGCACAAGUCAAACCACCACAGUUCUGCAUGGAAAUGCCGUAUUGAGGAAGAGGAGGAAGAUGAGGAGAGAGAGCAGAAAAAAGUUGAGAAGAAGAAGCUAACCGGCAAUCCAAGGACAACUCGGGUGACAGGCCUGGUCAAUGGUGCCACUGUCUGGAAAGAGGCCAGGGACUGGAAGGCCCACAGCAGCCCCCCUCCGAUGACGGAGCCAGGCACGGCCCCCCCGUCUGCCCCCAACAAUGGUGCCUGCCAAGGGGAAACUGAAGGCAUCGGUGCAGAGGAAGAAGACAAGCAUAACGGGAGCAUGCCAGCCAAGCAACCAUUGCAUGGUGGCUCAUCAGAGUUGCUGACAGCAGGGAAAGGGACUGUGAAUAAUGAGGCCAAUCCACCGCCUCCCCCACCAAAGAAACUGCACAGGGUGUCCGGUAAGAUGAGUGGCAGCAACAUAGAGCUAGAUCGCUGCAGCCAACACAAGUCAGAAGACAGUACUACUUCUUCUCUGUGGGGCCUGGGCAGUUCCAGCCUCCCCACUGCGUCCACUGACAACCUGACUGCCGACUCUGAUUCCCGGGAUGUUACUCGACGGUCUUGUUCCUCUCCAUUUGACAAAAGUCCAGUGGCCUCAGCUCCAGGAUCCCCUCACCCACCCAGCCUCAACAGUAACCUGCCGCCACCUCUACCAGAGAAAAAAAUGGUCAACCGCACUGUGUCGGCUCCCGACAGCACAAACGGAAAGCCCUUCGUCCGAGCCUACCCGCGCCUUCCAUUCACUGGCUCAGAGACCAAUGUGUGUCGGUCUGCUGAGGUUGGCUCCCGCUCCAGUUUACCGUCCAGCCCUGUUGAUCCACGGCCCAUUUUCUCCUCCAAUGAAUCUCUGGAGUGUUGUCAUGUGCCGCCGGGCAGGUCCUCGAGGUCCCGGACACUGGAUGAGCCGCUGAAGACUCACGGGCGUCUUGGCGUCCACUGUCGAAGCAGCAUCACCUGCUCCUCUUCUCCUCAGCUCAGCGUGCCCUUCUCAGCCUCAGAAACGGGCCCAGCACCAAAUAUGGGCUCCAGCCUGCAGCUGCAGACUCUCCUGAGUAACAUUGACAGCAGAGAGGGAGUGUACUCCAAACUGGGAGGCCUAUACGCAGAGUCUCUCCGGCGCUUAGCGCUUAAAUGUGAGGAUCACUUCACCCGCUCGCAGAAGAACCCACUGAGGUUUGAGGAGAGCAACUGGUCUCUGUUCAGACUUACAUCUAACAAGCCAAGCUGCAAUUCAGGAGAUGCCGUGUACUACUCUGCUGCAUGUGCCUUGGACCACAGCAACGCCUAUGCUGUAAAGAUCUGUAAGAGUCCAUCCAUGGAGGCCAAACAGAGCCAACUCUAUGGUUUGUCAGUACAGCAGACCAUACCUCCCCACUUCAACCUCCAGCAGGACUGCGGACACUUCAUUGCUUGUGUCCCCCAAAGCAUGUUGCCCUCUGAUGAAGUAUCAGUUCGCACCACGGCAGUUUCCUCCAUGCCUCAGCCGCCCAAGUCAGCACCAGGUCAACAGGCUGAGCGCGAGCGAGUGGUGGUCAUCACCUCUGAGAUCCCCCAGCAGACAGCAGCUGACUUUGCCCGGGAGUGGGCGGCAUUCCAUAAAACUCAGCCGGAAGUCUACGAACGCCGAGUUUGCUUCCUUCUCCUGCAGCUAUGCAAUGGCCUGGAGCACUUGAAGGAGCAUGGGGUUACUCAUCGUGACCUCUGCCUUGAGAACUUGUUGCUGGUGCCUCAUCAACGCAGGCCUUCCCAGUUCCCCCAACAUAUCCACAAUGACAACAAUGCCAAUAGUGUAGACAAUCAGCGCCACCUUCCCCGGCUCCUCAUCAGCAACUUUGCCAAGGCCAAACGUCGCUCCUCUGAGGACGCUGCCUCAACUGGCGUGGACUCCCGUUUCAAACGUGACCACGCCAGGCUGGCGCCUGAGAUCGUGUCGGCUGCCCAGUACCGCAAAUUUGACGAGUUCCAGACCGGAAUCUUGAUCUACGAGCUCCUCCACCAACCUAACCCAUUUGAAGUGAGUCCAGCACUUAAGGAACAGGACUACCGUUGUGAGGAACUGCCCCACAUCCCCUCUGUCUCCCUCUACUCAGCCGGCCUCCAGAAGCUAGCUCAACUCCUGCUCCAACCCGACCCAAUUAAACGAAUCCAUAUUCAGGAGGCUAAACGCAUACUGCAGAGUCUGUUGUGGGGGCCAAGGAAGGACCUGAUGGAGCAGCAACUGGAAAGACACGGACAGGGAGGAGGAUCCCGACACGAGGGCCUCCUCAACUGGCUGGAUGUGAAACGAGCCCUGCUGAUGAUGAAGUUCGCCGAGCGUUCACUGGAGCCCGAGAGGAACGCAGAGCUCGAGGACUGGUUGUGCUGUCAGUACUUUUCCUCAGCUCACCCUCUGUCUCUCUGCCACACUGCUGAGUUGCUUUACUCACUAAAGUAGCAGCUUACACUGGGGUUACCGUGUGUUUGAGAAAGACCAAUGAUGCUUAAGUUAACGUCUCGUCACUAUGGGCGAGUCCACACGGUGUGAUCCUUCGGAGGUAACGGUGAAAAACCCCCUACCUGUUUGUGCUACUGCAACCGCAACGUAACCGUCCACUCUGAACCUGUAUGUGAACAGUAUCCCGUCACAGACGGUCAAACUUGGUGAAGAAAUGACCCGAAUACUGUCACAGACAUGGAAGAAACUGCAAAAACACUCUCACACAGAAACCAGAAUGAUUUUGUGCCAGCGAUGCUGUUAAAUACAAGGCCAGAAGGGCAAGAAUAUGGACAAUUUUCAUGAUAACGUACUUACCAAAGUUUCUUAAUUGACACUGUAUUUUGUGUAUUUAUUCAGUCAACUGAGAUAUUUUACCACUGAGAACAGGCUAAAACUUCAUAACCGUAGCUUUGUAAGUCGUUGCUGUGUCUUGUAUAAAUGUGCAGCUCAUUUUUUGUUUUCUUUGCCUAUUGUGGUAAUAAAAAUGAGGUCACUAGCUGACUUCAAAGUGUUGUACCACAGAUAAUGCCUGUUCCUCCAGAUACUGGUUUAUUAGUUGGAAUAAUCAAGGCAAUGUUCUGUAAAUGUGUGUUACCUCAGGCUUUGUUCGACAGCACUGCAACAUAAAUGGACUCUGUAUUGUUUGAUGCUAAUCCGUACCGUCUAACGCAACUUUGUGUGAAUUCAUUUGGCAAAAUAGUCUUUGACGCUUUGAUUGCUUCCACUAAAUGGAUGACACCCGUUUUUUUUCCCCCUCGUGCUUACUUUUACUGUAUAUUUAAAUGUUUUUGACAUUCGUCGGGGUGCCUUUUGUUCCUUGUUUAUGUUACAGUGACUCAGACGUCAAAUGUAAAUAGUAUUGAUUAUUGUCUUUGGUGAAACUGGCCUUUCACAGACGGCUCUAAAAUCAACUUUGUACAGAUAUUUGUAGAUGAUAUGAGAAAGAAAAUGAGCCCAAGCAGGUCUUACAAAGCCAUGAAUAUGAGCAGCAGUUAAAACAAAAAUAUUUAUGAUAUCAUUUGUUAUCCUGUAGUAGUCACUGGAAUUUCUACAUUUAUUUUCAUAUGUGGAUUCUUGAAGUUUUGCUUUUUUUGGCACAGCAUCAGCUUGCCCUGUAUUUUUUUCCCCUUCCAUGUGCCAUGUAGGCUGCAUUUUAUCUCCAGCAAACUAUCAUUUCCUAAACGUCCAGAGUGACAAGAAUCACAGCGCCUGCUUGCAGGGCCACGUCCAUCACUCAUGUUUCUCCUAUUGAAGAGAAAAAGAAACUGCCUGAUCUCACAACUAAUACAUUAGUUAUUUGAAUUCUUUUGUUUGCCUCACUUAUUUGCAUCUAUCAAUAAACUGUGCAUAUAUUUUCUCACAGUA